AUGAGGAGACCCACUAAAUCCAAUAUACUAUGUUCACUUUUUCCCACAGAAAUGUUGGAAUCCAACAACCUGCUCACUUUCAACGGAUUGGCCAACAGCUCUGCCUAUCACUCCUUUUUAUUGGACGAGGAGAGAGGUCGGCUCUUUGUGGGGGCCAAAGACCAUGUGCUGUCCUUCAACUUGGUGGACAUCAAUCUGGACAUGCAACUGAUAUCCUGGCCUCCUUCACCUUCUCGGCGAGAUGAAUGCAAGUGGGCUGGGAAGGACGUCCAAAAGGAGUGCUCAAACUUCAUAAAGGUUCUGCAGCCGUUUAAUCAGACGCACUUGUAUGUGUGUGGAACAGGAGCCUUCCAUCCCGUUUGUGCUUAUGUGGAAGUGGGCAAACGCCUGGAGGACAACAUCUUUCGGCUAGGGUCAUCAAGCUUUGAGAAUGGCCGUGGAAAGAGUCCCUAUGACCCCAAACUGCUGACUGCUUCCAUGCUGAUCGAUGGGGAACUUUAUGCUGGGACGUCAGCUGACUUCAUGGGCCGGGACUUUGCCAUUUUCCGAACGUUAGGCAAGCACCAUCCAAUCAGAACGGAGCAGCAUGACUCCAGAUGGCUCAAUGAUCCUAGAUUUAUCAGCGUGCAUCUCAUCCCAGAGAGUGACAACCCUGAAGACGACAAGAUCUAUUUGUUCUUCAGAGAGAACGCCAUUGAUGGAGAGCAAAUCAGCAAAGCCACACACGCCAGAAUCGGACAGCUGUGCAAGAAUGAUUUUGGAGGCCACAGGAGUCUGGUGAACAAAUGGACCACCUUCCUGAAGGCCCGUUUAAUCUGCUCGGUUCCUGGCCUGAACGGCAUCGACACACACUUUGAUGAACUACAGGAUGUUUUUCUCAUGAGCUCCAAGGAUCCCAAAAACCCUAUUAUCUAUGCUGUAUUUACAACAUCCAGUAACAUCUUUAAGGGCUCAGCGGUGUGUAUGUACAGUAUGGCGGAUAUCAGGAGGGUGUUUCUGGGCCCCUUUGCCCACCGAGAUGGACCCAACUACCAAUGGGUACCGUUUUUGGGUCGAGUGCCAUAUCCAAGACCUGGCACGUGCCCCAGCAAAACGUUUGAUGGUUUUGAAUCAACAAAGGACUUUCCUGACGAUGUUAUCACAUUUGCCAGAAGCCAUCCGGCCAUGUACAACCCAGUGUUCCCCAUCAACAACCGUCCAAUCAUAAUCAAAACCGAUGUUGACUAUCAGUUCACACAGAUAGUGGUGGACAGGGUGGAGGCAGAGGAUGGACAGUAUGAUGUCAUGUUUAUUGGCACUGACAUGGGCACAGUUCUUAAGGUGGUUUCUAUCCCCAGAGGAACAUGGCAUGAUCUUGAAGAAGUCCUGUUGGAAGAGAUGACUGUGUUCAGAGAACCAACAGCUAUUACUGCUAUGGAACUCUCCACAAAGCAGCAACAGCUCUAUCUUGGAUCCACCAUUGGGGUUUCUCAGAUGCCGCUGCAUCGCUGUGACGUGUACGGGAAGGCCUGCGCUGAGUGCUGUCUGGCACGUGAUCCUUACUGCGCCUGGGACGGCUCGCAGUGUUCCCGAUACUUUCCAACUGCUAAGAGGAGAACGAGGCGUCAGGAUAUAAGGAACGGAGACCCUCUGACUCAGUGUUCAGAUCUACAGCAUCACGAUGAGGCAGACGGAGAGAGGGGUUUGCUGGAUAAGACAAUGUACGGGGUUGAAAACAGCAGCUCUUUUCUGGAGUGCAGUCCUAAAUCCCAGCGUGCCCUUAUUUACUGGCAAUUUCAGAGACAUGGAGAGGACCGCAAACAAGAGAUAAAGUCAGGUGAGCGGGUGUUGGGCACAGAACAGGGUCUGUUGAUCCGAACCCUCCAUCAGAAGGACACGGGUGUGUAUUACUGCCACGCUGUCGAACACGGCUUCAUCCAGACCCUCCUCCGCCUCACACUCAACGUCAUUCCCACCGAACACCUGGAUGACCUCCUGCACCGAGACACGCCCGACAGCAACGACCCGGCCAACGGCAAGAUGUGGUACCGCGACUUCCUGUCCCUCAUCAACCCACCGAGUCCGAACAGCGUCGACCAGCUCUGCGAGCAGGUUUGGAAAAGAGAACGGAAACAGCGUAGGCAGAAAGCCAAUCUGCUGCACACCAGCCAAUCACACGCCAGCCAGCUCAUCCACUCCAGCCAAUCACACACCAGUAAGUGGAAGCUGCUACAAGAAAACAAGAAAGGACGCAAUCGCAGGACCCACGAGAUGCAGCGGGUGCCCCGCAGUGUGUGACAUGGACUCUAAAUAAAAAAGGAUGAGGAAAUCAAACAGACUUCUGCUGAGACUGGAGACAGGAAGAGCGGAAUUCCACUUCCUCUAGUAUGUGUGUGAGAGAUUUACUUAUGAACCAGAGCACGUCUUCAUUCACACGUAUUGAGACUCGAACUCUGAGAGGAUGUAACAGGACACAAGAUGCUAACAGAUACUGAAAUACCUGUAAAUAUGACAUAAAUACAAAAAUAUACUGUGAGACAGGUUUCAGUCUGUAUAAAAACCUUGUUUCAUUUUAUGAGGGACAAAACAUGGAUGCUGAAAGACCACUGUUUAACCUCCAUUUAGCUGAAGCACAAUCCCAGUGCAUUCUGGGUAAUGAACUUGUCAGUGAUAUUCUGUGUAUAGAGUGUGUUGACCUUAACAUAUACUGUAUAUCUUUGUAUCGGAACGGUAGGUCCUUCUGUUUAUGUACGUAUUCAUUAAUUAGAAUUGUUCUUUAGGCGAAUUAGUUUUAUCAAGUCAUUUUUGACCCUUCUUGUUGAGGCCACACACACGCUCACACCUACAGCACACAUAUAUCUGAAUGUAGCUGUGAACAUAUAGACUAUUUAUGGG